GUCCACCCAGAGCAGCCAACAUGCAGCUGAGACAUCUGGAGGCUGCUGCCUUUCUCGGGAUUGUUAUUCCUCAGAUAUGCUGCAUGAAAAUUUCUUCUCCAGCUUCUGACUGUUUGCCUGCGGUGGAUACCUGCAUGUCAGAUUUAUGCAAGCUUGAAAAGGCACUUUAUGCUGGCGUCUGUAAAGAUGAAGAAUGCCAAAUAAAGAGCUCAGAGGUCUGUAACCUGACCAUCCAGACCGCAAUGAACCAGUUUCCUGCUCUGCGAGGGUGUGUGUGUGCCUGGGAGGAGGAGUUCUGCGACUCCAUACAAGUGCUGGCUAAACAAUGCCCCCGUAUGCCAGUAAUUCAGAAGAAGACAAGCGAAAUGAUGGACUGGCAAUCAAGCAAUUUAAUAGACUACGUAUAUGAUGCAGCUGGAUCCUGCGUGGACCGAAUUGGUGUUUGUCUCAGUGAUUCAGUUUGCAACAGACACCUGGUACCUGUUCUUCAGGCAUGUGAGGCAGAGCAGUGCAGCAGCGACCACUGUCAGCAGGAGACGCAACAGUUUUAUACCAGCAUGCCCCAAAAUGCUGCAAUAAUGCUGGUAAUGUGCGAGUGUGAGGCUUCGGAGCAGAGCUGUCAGCUGAUGAAAACUGCUGUGCAGACUGGCACGUGUGGAGAAGAGACCAGGAUCUGUCAGGAAAGGCUUGGCCAGUGUGUUGAGGAUGCAACCUGCAGAAACCUGUUAAAAACCUUCCAAGCCAAAUGCUGGAGCCCUGAAGAAGCAGAAUGCAGUGAGAGAAAUCUUAGGAUAGAUGAAUGUUUCACCCUGAGGGAUCCAGCUCUCAUCCUCGGCACUCAUUCUGACUGUAGAAGAGCCUUCUUGGCUACUUUAGGCACAGUUCUCCAUCAUCGUUGUACGUGCAAAGGAGUGCACACUGACCAUCUACCGGCAUGUCGAAUGAUCCGUGAUGUAUUUCAUAACAGAUCACAUUUCAUACCGUUUAGAGAAAGCAGUGGUGGUCCUACUAAGCCUCCUGAAAUCAAGGGAUCUGAGCAUGCUCACACAUGGUCAUACGACCAUCUGUUGUAUUCUUCGGCAGCUGUUUUACUCACAGGAGUCGUUCUGUUUGUGCUUUUGGUUGUUGUGAGUAAAAUCUGGCUGUUAAGAAGGAAAAAACUUCGCCAUCCACAAAAGAGGGAUUGCAUUGUUAUUUUCUAAUGUUUGUUCAUCUGAAACUCAUAUUCAGAGCUCAUUAGGAACAAUACCAUCUGUUGCAGGGAUGUUAUUUCAUUUUGCUAGAUAGUUGUUUUUUUCAGGAUAUUAUAAGUAAAUGAGUUACAGAUUGUACCAGUACCUGUUUUUGUCAAGGUAUUGUGAUGUGAGCGGCUAUAAUGCAAUGUUUUAUCGGCUUUCAAAAAUGUUUUUUAAUGUCUAAAAUGUACCGUGUAAUUUCUCUUCUCUUCAACCUUGGAUCUUUUCAAAUUUCUGUCCAAUACGAAAGCGAAGACAUGACCAGAGCCAUAUCAGUGGUUAUGAGGAAGCGAUGGAAGUAAUUAGUUAGCUUGUUCAAGCUCUUCUCUCUUCUGACCUUGUUAAGACACUUGCUACAAAAUGUGAAUUCAUUUAAAAUGGAGAGAUGUCUGAGUGGAGACGGAUCAUUAAGUGUUGCAAUAAUCAUUGCAAUAAGUGCUGGAUGACUUUCUCAAAGUCAAACAGAAGUUUGGAGCUCAUUCAAACCUAAUGCCACUGUCAUAUCUCAGCAAAUAUUGAUGGAAUUGUAUGGAUUAUUUCUUCAUCCCGUGAACCCCAAAGCUUGUAUUAUGUUGUGUCGAGAGAAUUUGUAUCCAUAGGUCAAAUGGAUAAAAAGAAAGAAGAAUAAAUGGAGGUGAAUCACUGAGAAACCCAAAGUGAAAUCUUCAAAAAAAUUACCUGGCUUCCAUCCACUAUUAUAAAUUGCUUUGAUUGUGACGGAUAUCCUGACAAUUAUAAUAUUUAGUUUUUAGUGUAAGAGUAUUUGUGAGGAGAAAAGUGCAGCUGGACAGGCUUCCCAAUAAUGGCCCAUGUAAAUGAAAUGUUUCACCUCAGCAACAUAUCAGGAUAGUGAGGGGCAGAUGAAGCCUGACCAGUUAAUGUAGUUGGGGGUAAAGUCACAACAAUAUGCAACUACACACCACAGAUGUAAGGACCGUAUAGGCGGUUCACAUGGCUGUCAAUUUCUGGCCCCAGGAAUCCCUCAUAUCUAUAUUUAGAAGCUCUGACCCAGUUAUCCAGGUAUCACACCUCUUACACCCCCCCCCCCCCCCCCUCCCCGCAGCCUACCUCAAUAACAGCCCAUUACUGCCACACAUUUCCCACACCUUUACAGGUGUCAAUGUUAUGCUUAUUACAUUGCCGUGCAUAAAGUAGGUAAACAUUUUUUAAUGACCAUUGCGUUUAGCAAACAAGCUGCCAUAUACAACCC